AUGGUUCAUUUUGAAGAGCUCCAGCUUCGGGAUGUUGCCACACUGGGUUGUGGAACGUUUGGUAGGGUUGAUCUGGCCUGGAGCGAAGCCAAACAGGAAUACUACGCCGUCAAGAAGUUCAACAUCCAUGAGGUGGUACAGCGAAAUCGGGCCGAAUACGUGAAACGUGAGAAGGAGCUACUUUUAAUGUCUUCUUGCCCGUUCGUCGUAGAAUUAAUAUGCACAGGAAUGGAUCGAAUCAAUCUCAGUCUUGUAGUGGAAUUUGUUCACGGUGGAGAGUUAUCCGAUUACCUGAACGAUAUGAACGAGGAAGAUCUCCAAACUGCUGUGCGAUUUUAUUCUGUGGAGAUUGUCUGCGCACUUCAACACAUUCAUUCCAAGAAUAUUGUGUACCGUGAUCUUAAACCUGAAAAUCUGCUACUCUCUAAAACGGGCCAUGUCAAGAUAGCUGACUUUGGACUUGCCAAACUUCUCAGGGGAAAGACAUAUACUAUAUGUGGAACUGCUGAAUACAUUGCACCUGAAGUGAUAAUGAAGAAAGGUUACGGCAUCGCUGUAGAUUGG